AUGAUUAUUUUACACCAAUCUACGAGCAACAUUCUACUUUUUCUUUCUUUCUUUCUUUCUUUCUUUCUUUCUUUCUUUCUUUCUUUCAUGGAUUUAUUUAUUUUUCUUAGGAUUACUUUCUUUUGGGUUUUUCUUUCUUGUUUGUCAGAUUUUCUUUUUUUCUUUCUUUUUUCUUUCUUUCUUUCUUUCUUUCUUUCGCUUUAUCUUUCUUUCUUUCUUUCAUUGAUUCUUUCAUGGAUUUCUUUAUUUUGCUUAGGAUUACUUUCUUUUGUUUAUUUCCUUCUUUCUUUCUUUCUUUCUUUCUUUCUUUCUUUCUUUCUUUCUUUCUUUCUUUCAUGGCCACUUUUAGAUGAUUCUAUUCAUAUCUAUCUAUCUAUCUAUCUAUCUAUCUAUCUAUCUAUCUAUCUAUCUAUCUCAGUAUAUUCAUAUCUAUCUGACAGAAUGAACUGUCUGUUAAACAAACGAACUGCAGUGUGGUCUCUCUCUCUCUCUCUCUCUCUCUCUCUCUCUCUCUCUCUCUCUCCCCACUUCUUAUUCUCUCACUCUGUCCUUCUCUCUCUCUCUCUUUCUCUUUCCCUCUCCCUUUCUUCAAACUACCAGUGGAAAUUGUCAUCAUAUCCACAUCUAUCUAUCUAUCUAUCUAUCUAUCUAUCUAUCUAUCUAUCUAUCUAUCUAUCUAUCUAUAUCACUUUCUUUCUUUCUUUAUCUUUAUUACUUACAAUCAACUCACUAUCUAUCUAUUUAUGUCAGCCUAUUUACAUCCAUCUAUCUAUCUAUCUAUCUAUCUAUCUAUCUAUCUAUCUAUCUAUCUCAGCCUAUUUUUCUAUCUCAGCCUAUUUAUAUCUAUCUAUCUAUCUAUCUAUCUAUCUAUCUAUCUAUCCAUAUCUAUCUAUCUAUCUAUCUCAGCCUAUUUAA